AUGGAAGCAGAAGCAGAUGUUGUGAUUGUUGGAGCUGGAAUUUCUGGCCUUGCAACAUCCUUAGGACUUCACAGGACAACGGGUUUUGCAUUGACAACAUGGACAAAUGCAUGGAAGGCCUUAGAUGCCCUUGGUCUUGCCAAUUCUCUUCGCCAACAACAUGUCACACUUGAUGGGUAA